AUGUCGAAAUCUCUAACACUGCUUUUCUCCUUGUUGUCUCUCGCUUCUGCAGCCGAGCUGACUUGGACCUCAUGCGGCACUGGACUGGAAUGCAGCUCUCUCACAGUUCCCCUCGAAUAUGAUAGGAGCACCACCUCAACAGCGACUGCCAGCAUCGCCUUGAUCCGUUAUCUCUCCACAGUCGCUAAAGACCAGCGAUUGGGCUCCCUUCUCGUCAAUCCCGGCGGGCCAGGCGCAUCUGGAUAUUCUUUCGUCCAAUCUGGAGCUGGAGAAGCCAUCUCGAAAAUCACCGGAGGUUUGUACGAUGUCGUCGGGUGGGAUCCUCGCGGUGUAGGGAAAUCUACCCCCUUGAUGCAAUGCUUCCCCAAUGCCGGAGAAGAAUUCACCUUUUCAGAGGCUCUUCCCGGAGGUCCGAACCUCUGGCUCGGAAUGUACUCCAACUCUAGCUACGAUGCUGAGGUUGAAACUAAGAUCACUGAUUUCGAUGCAUCAGUCAAAGAACUGGCUGAUGCAUGUGUCGCCGAAAAUUCCGAUGCCCUCUACACGUCUUCUGCAGCAUACGUAGCGAGGGACAUGGCUGCCAUCGUCGAUGCCGUGGACGGGACAACCGCGAAGUUGAACUACUGGGGCUUCUCAUACGGCACGAUCUUUCUCGCGGAGUUCAUCCAGGCCUUCCCAGAGAGAGUUGGAAGAGUAGUAGCAGAUGGAGCUGUCAACCCAGAAGCCAAUGCCAUGACUUACGACAACCAGCUCCCCAACGACCAGAUCUCGAUGAGGGACGCUCUCAACGACUUGAUUUCGUUUUGUGAAGAUGCUGGCACAAACUGCCCCCUCGCGACUCCACCAGACGGUGUGACCGGCACCCUCACCGAGCGAAUCGACAAUCUCUUUGAGACCCUCUUCAAGGACCCGGUCGUAUACAACGGAUUUGCUAUUAGCCUUGACUCAUUCAAUGUCCUCCUCUGGUCCUUGAUGCGAGUUCCUGUCACCUGGUCCAUGGUUGCGAAUAUCAUCGCCGGACUCGAGAUCCGUGACCCAACUGCCUUCUUGACCACUGUCUCUGGUACAGCCGCCACCGCACCUACCGACGCGAAAGCUCCGGGUGUUGCUACUCUGCGCGAAUUCCCGCUGACAUGCAUUGACAACGCCGCCUCGAGUAGCGUAACUCUGAAAACUGUGAUUGACCUCACCAAGUCUCUUUCCAUCGACCAGGACACCCCACUCCUCAACGCCGGCCUGAAACCCAUCACUUUUUGCCGCCACUUUCCUGAUACCCGCCCGCUCGUGCCACCAGCGGGUAUCUCAUCCAUGGCUAAAACCGAUAUUAUGCUCUCGGAAGCAAAAAUCACGAUCUUGAUCGUCAACCCAGAGCACGAUACUGCCACACCCCUCGUCUCGGCCGAGAAGCUCCGUUCUCUCCUGCCAAAGUCCUCCAGGCUCGCUAUCCGUCGUGGACCAGGCCACACUUCCGUCUCUCUCGCCUCUCUCUCCCUGACGCAGACUAUCCGCGAUUUUUUCGUCGAUGGAACAGUGCCGGAUGAUCUUGUUUCCCACAGCACCGACCAGGACCUGUUUCCAGCCGGGUCCGGGAAGAGCCUGGUGACAGCGGCGGCGUUCAACGGAACAUCGUACACCCCGGAGGACAUGGCAUUGUUGGAGGCAGAUUAUGCUAUUUUGUUGGCGUUCUUGGCCAUUGCAUAG